AUGAGCUCGUUUCUCUCAUCACACCAUCGGAGGCACGGCACGGCGGCGGCGGCGUCUCGAACCCGCGCGAUGCACCCCGCGGCGUCGACGCGCGCCGGGCCGCCGCCGGCGCCGGCGUCCGCGCGCGCGUCCGCCGGCCGUCGUCGCGCCGCCGCCGCGCGCGCGUCCGCGUCGACGUCCGCGCCGCCGUCCGCGCGCCGCGAUCCCGCAGCCGCGCCCGCUCCGACGGCGACGACGACCUCGACGCUCCCCGCGUGCGUCGCCGCGUUGACGCGCGUCGACGCGCGCGGGCGCCGGCACGAGUUCUACGUCGUCGGGACCGUGCACACGCCCGGCAGCGCGUCCGCGGCGGAGGUGCGCGCGGUCGUGGAGACGGUGCGUCCGGACGCGGUCGUCCUCGAGCUCGACCAGGAGCGUCUCGACGCGAUCGUCGCCACCGAUCUCGCCCUCGCCCUCGCCACGUCGACGUCGUCGACGCGCGGCGCGUCGUACGGCGCGGACUUCCUCGCGGGCGCGUCCGCGGCGGAGUCCGCGCGCGCGCUCGUGGUGUUGGGCGACGCCAAGGCGCGGUCGCUCCCGGACGAGCUCAGGCGGCGCGUGUUCGACGCGAGCGCGCGCGAGCUCCUCGACGCGCCGCGUCUGCUUCGAUCGCUGACGCACAUUCCGAACGCGCUCGGGCUCGGGCUCGGGCCCGGGCCGCGCGGCGGCGGCGCGGGCGCGGUGCGGUUCCCGGACGUCGUGCGGGAGGACCCGGGGAAGCUCGCGCCGCUGCGAGGGCCGUCGCUCGUCGCGCUCGUCGCGCUGAUCGCGACGGCGUACGACGCCGCGCUCAGCGGCGGCGGCGGGCUGGGCGGCGGCGGCGACGUGACCGCCGCGACCGCGACGACGCUCGCCGCCGCGUCGCCGCCGUGGCGCGCGCUCCUCGACGUCAUCGACGUCGCGUUCGACGCCGCCGCGCUGCUCGUCUUCGGACGCGCCGUGGAGGUGCUGCUGCUGGACCGCGACGACGUCCUCGCCGCCGCGUGCGCGAGAGCCGCGUCCGCGUGCGCUGGCGUCGACCGCGGCGAGCUUCGACGCGUGCGGCACGUCUUCCACGCGGACGCGGCGACGACGGCGGCGCGCGAGCGCGCCGCGGGCCCGCCGGGGAUCCCGUGCUUCACGCUCAGGCGGCGGAUGGCGCCCGGGGAGGUGCGGCGACUGAACUUGUUCGAGCCGCGGUGGCUGGCGUUGAUGGACCGCGUCGCGCGCGAAAACGGCGGAAACCUCGUCGGCGCCGAGCUCGGGUGCGUGCUCGGCGUGAACCGUCGGUACGUCUCCCAGGCGUGGCUCGACGGCGUUCAGGGCGGCGAGAGCGGCGGCGGCGAGAGAGCCGGCGGAGAGAGCGGCGCCGGCGAGAGCGACGCGACGGCGCGGUCCGCGGACUUAGUGGUAGAGCGGUGGCUGCGGCGCGCGAAGGUUGUGUCUUGCGAGGAGGGAAAACGCGCCGUCACCGGCGCGAGGAAGCUCGAGGUGUACGUGAAGGCCGACGACGCGUCGACGCCGCCGACGGCGCGCGCGUUGAACGCGCACCCGGCGGGGUACUUGGUCGCGGACGUCGAGGGCGAGAUCGGCGACGCGGCGGCGACGGCGACGAGGGCGGCGGACGAGAGCGACGCGCCGCCGACGCGGACGGUGUGCGUCGUCGGGUUGGCGCACUGCAACGGCGUCGUCGCGCGGCUGUCCACCGUGUCGUUGUGA